AAGGGAAUCGGGAUUUCCCUAAUCACAAAACGCCGCACCAGAAGACUACGUGGGGCACGUGCCCCAAGUAGAUUGUCCGGAAAAAAAAACAUCUACCAUUUGAACAACGCGUCGACACUUCAGACUUUCAGAGUUCAGAUCCGAAAUUCGUCUCUGGCUCACCGCUCACUGCGAGGGCUGCGUCUCGGCACUGUCUUGGUCAAGAGAAGUUGACCCGGAACAGAUGGACUCGUCUUCCUCCUCGGCGGCGCCUGCUCCGCCUCCGGCGGGGGAGAAUGUGGCAGUGUUCUGGCACGAGGGCAUGCUUGCCCACGACGCCGGUCGCGGCGUGUUCGACUCGGGCCGCGACCCGGGGUUCCUCGAGGUGCUCGACCAGCACCCGGAGAACGCCGACCGCGUCCGCAACAUGGUCUCCAUCCUCCGCCGCGGCCCAAUCGCGCCCUUCCUCUCCUGGCACUCCGGAAGCCCCGCCCACGCCAGCGAGCUCCUCUCCUUCCACUCAUCCGAAUACAUUGAGGAGCUCGUCCAAGCGAAUGCCAAUGGACCCAAGAAGUUCUGUGAGGGCACUUUCUUGAACCCUGGCUCAUGGGGUGCCGCACUUCUGGCUGCUGGAACAACCUUAUCAGCAGUGAGGCACAUACUAGAUGGGCAUGGGAAGCUAGCCUACGCAUUGGUCCGCCCUCCUGGCCAUCACGCACAACCGGACCAUGCUGACGGUUACUGCUUUCUGAACAACGCUGGGCUUGCUGUGCAGCUGGCUCUGGAUUCCGGGCGCACAAAGGUUGCCGUUGUUGAUAUUGAUGUGCACUAUGGGAAUGGCACUGCUGAGGGUUUCUAUCGUACAGACAGUGUAUUGACAAUCUCUCUUCACAUGAAUCAUGGCUCUUGGGGUCCAUCGCAUCCGCAGAAUGGCUCGACUGAUGAGAUUGGCCAAGGCAGGGGGCUUGGGUACAAUCUCAAUAUACCUUUGCCUAAUGGCAGUGGGGAUGCAGGGUAUGAAUAUGCAAUGAAUGAAUUGGUCGCUCCGGCCAUUGAAAAGUUUCAGCCUCAGCUUUUGGUUUUUGUCAUUGGCCAGGAUUCUAGCGCGUUUGAUCCAAAUGGAAGACAGUGCUUGACCAUGGAUGGUUAUAGGAAAAUUGGACAAGUAAUGAGGACUAUGGCUAAUCGACAUAGCGACGGGCAAAUAUUGAUUGUCCAAGAAGGGGGUUACCAUAUCAGUUAUUCAGCAUAUUGUCUCCAUGCAACUCUAGAAGGUGUUCUGAGUCUGCAAGCCCCAUUGCUGGAUGAUCCGAUCGCCUAUUAUCCAGAGGAUGAGGAAUACACCAGGAAAGUUGUCGACAUAAUAAAGAAAUCCUGGAAAGAAUCCAUUCCUUUCUUGAAGGACAUUUAGAAACGCAUACAUCUCUUUGAUGCAAUGCCGGUGAAUCCCACUUUCAAAUCAUGUCAUGUUCAAUAGCGUAAAGGUUAUAUUUAUUGGAGCAACUUAAGAAUGCACGCACCUUCCCUGAACCAUUGAUUUCCAAACUUUAGUUGACAUAGUAUCAUAAAUGUAUAUAUUAGGCUUGUUAUUUAAGUUCAGUGGUACUUGCUGCUUAUGUUCAGUUUUAGUGUCUCAAGAUCUCUUGCACUACCAUUAACCUGUAUGGUUGUAAUUUGUAUGCUUGUAUUGUAUAUACCCCGUACUUGUUAUGCUUGGUCGCAUGCUCUGUCAGGAAAGAAAAGGUUUAUACGGAUGAGCAA